AUGAUUGUGGACUUCAGGAAGAGCACUGUCCCCCCGCCCCCACCCUCCGUGAUGGACUCCCCCAUCACCUCUGUGGAGUCCUUCCGUUUCCUGGGCACCACCAUCACCCAGGACCUCAAGUGGGAGCCGACCAUCAGCUCCCUCAUCAAGAAGGCCCAGCAGAGGAUGUACUUCCUGCGGCAGCUCAGGAAAGCCAAGCUGCCUGCACAGAUGUUGGUGCAGUUCUACACGGCCAUCAUCGAGUCCAUCCUCACCUCCUCCAUCACCGUGUGGUUCGCUGGAGCCACAGUCAGGGACAAACAGAGACUACAGCGCAUUGUGCGCUCUGCAGAGGAAGUGAUCGGCCGCAGCCUUCCAUCGCUGCAGGACCUCACCUCUUCCACACAGUCCGAGGGGAACCAGCCCGUCCUGCCCCGGACCGUGCCCUCCCAGUACCCGCCCUCUCCGAUGCUCAGCACUGUGAAGGCAUCAGGUCCAAGUCAGUGCGACGCAAACACACACGCUGUCACUCAAACGCACAACACGCCGCAAACAAAGAUGUCUACAGGAGUUAGGACGACACGGACUCAGACUGUGGCCGCCUUUGUUGGUGUGUGUGACGUCAGUUGGUGUGUGUGA